UUAUGAGGAGUUCCCUCUAGUUUUUAUUAUUAUUAAUUUUUUUUUUAUUGAUUAAGAGAGUUUUCUGGUUCCUUCUACAAUUUUUCCUUUUGGAGGGUUUUGUAGCCUCAUUUUUUUUUUUUUUUAAAAAAAAGGUUAAUUGUCCUUCAUUCUCAUUCCUCUAAGUCAUUAUAAAAUAUGAUAAAUGGAACAAAUCAAGUCAAUUUUUAAUAGGAAUUGGGUUCUCUCUCAAUAAAUUAUGUAUAGAAUCGGUUCGGGUCAUAUUACCUGUCGUGUCGAUAAUAAUCAAAAUGCUCUAUCUAAAGAUAAUCAAAAUUUUGCAUUUUUAUUUUUUUUAAAACAAAAUCCCUAAAUCUAGGAUUAAUCUAAUUAACAAUCAAAAUACUCCAUUGCAAGAAAACAACUUUCUGAUGACCCCACCAAGAAUAACAAACACGCUUUCAAAAACACUUCCUCCCUCCACUAACCCAAUUCCCAACGGUCAUUUCCUUUUCCCCAAAUUCAAUCACAUAAACCCUAACCAAACAAACACCUUCUUCCCCACCAAUCUUCGUUUACCGUUUUCCCCCUUUUCCCCUUUUUUCUGUUCAUGAAACGCUCCUCCAUUUUCUCUCUCCUCCCCAAUUCUUGUCUGAAUCUUUUCAAACCAUGAAAGUUCUCAUUUAACCCAAAAAAUUUUCUCUGAAAACUCAAUUUCGUCGCUUUUCUUUCGAUCAUCUUUUUCACUGUGUUUUCUUACAAUGGGUUGUUUUCUUGGGUGUUUUGGUUCUUCCAAGGAUGAAUCAAAGCGUCGGAAAAAUACCCAUUUCGUUUCUCAUCAAAACCCACCUACUCAGGAUGUUCGAAAUCAGUAUAAUCCUGUUUAUCCUACUCCCAAUUCAUUUCCUAAUCGAGAAUUUUUUGACAACCCAAUUGAUCUUCAAGUUCCUAAAUCUUGUGUUAAGGUAGUGGCGAAGGAACAAAUCAGCUUAACUGAUAAGAAUAAGCUAGAGGAUCAUCAAUUGAGCUUGGGGAUACAUAAGAAAGUUACUUUCGAUUCAGAUGUUAAGCCCGAGGAGCAUUUGAGUUUGGGGUCACGAAAGAAAGUCACCUUCGAUUCAGAUGUUAAGCCAGAGGAACAGUUGAGUUCAGGGUCGCAAAAGAAAGUCACCUUCGAUUCAGAUCUUAAGCCAGAGGAACAGUCGAGUUCAGGGUCACAAAAGAAAGUCAGCUUUGAUUCAAAUGUUAAGCCGGAGGAACAGUUGAGUUUGGAGACAGUAAACAAAGUCAGCUUGGACUUAAGUGUAAAGCCAGAGGAACAAUUGAGUUCUGGUAUACGAAAGAAAGUCACGUUCGAUGCAAAUGUAAGUCCAGAGGAACAAUUGAGUUCAGGUACACGAAAGAGAGUCACCUUUGAUUCAAAUGUUAAAGAAUAUGAGCAUAUACCCUAUGCUGAGCCACCAGAGAAUAUGGUUGAGAGUGAAAUGGGAGGUGAGAAUGUGGUUGAUGAAUGUAGUAUGAAACCAACCAAAUCAUCUUCAGUGUCUGAAGGUAGUUCGACUUUGUCCAGUUUGGGGUCAUUCCCACCAAAUCACAGGUAUCAAAAUUGUAGAGAAAGUGAUGAUGAAGAUGAAGAACUUGACUGUCAAGUAAGUGAUUUGGAUGACGAUGAAGAUGAAGAUGAAGGUGAAGAUGAUGAGGUCUAUGAUGAUGAAUACAGUGAUGAUGAGUACCAUCUGAGAGAAGUCCAAGACUUUUCUUGUUCGUCUGUGGAAUCAAGGACUAAAAGUUCUGGGACGUGCUUUGUCGAUGAUGGGCACAAUGAUUAUAUGGAUCAUGAUUCUCUGGAGAGAGGAGCUGUAACUCCUGUAGUGUUCAACCGUGGUGCUCGAGACAGGGCUGGCUAUGUUCAUUCAGUGUUAAAUCCUGUUGAGAACACAGCUCAAUGGAAAUAUGUAAAAGUUAAAGGACCACAGCUCAUAGAAGAGCAGAAGGAGAAUUGUCUAGUGGAUCUAAGUUUUCAACAAUCUUCACUAAAGUCUAAAGCAAUAUCAGAUGAGCCUAAACAUGAAGUAGCAGUUGAUGCCAGCCUAUCUACAUGGAUAGUUUCCUCUCAGAAAACACCACCUGGCAACGCUGUACCCAUAAACAUGGAGCCAAUAUCAUCUGGGGCAAGUGCAUCUUCACAUGGUUCUAAUUCUGUGAGAAGUCAGGAGGAAAGGCCCAUUUUGGGCGCCUUAACAAUUGAAGAGCUUAAGCAAUUAUCUGCCACUUCUUCCCCAAGAAAAUCACCUAGUCGAAGCCCAGAUGAAAGGCCAUUACUUGGCACCGUUGGGGUGCACUGGAAUGAUAGAACCCCUGUUGAAGACUAUGGUUCUGUCUCUUCGUUUAAAGGGAUACCAAAUACUACUAGCAAAUAUAGAGAGGAUAACAGGGUGAAUUGGCAUUCUACUCCUUUCGAAACUAGGCUGGAGAGAGCUUUGAACAAAGGUGCUGCUGAGAGUCAUGCUAGCCGUCGUGUGUGUUUAUAGAGCGUAUAUGGUUUCCUAUUGGGACGGGAAAGUAUAUGUGAAAUACUGAUAUCCUUGAAAAUGUGUUGAUUUUCUUCAUUUGUUCCUCUUGCUUUGUGAUAUAUAUAUAUGCUGCAAAUACAUCAUACUGUGAAUUUUGCUGAGGUUGUCAUUUACCACUGUGUGUGUGUGUGUGUGUGGAGUGGUAAAUAGGCCUAUAGCUGGUUGUAAUUCUUCAUUGGUUUGUUAAUAUAGUCAAUAAUGUAGAGUCUUGUUUAAUCAUUUUUUUCUUCAAUUUUUUUUUGUUUGCUGUUGCUGUAUAACUGUAUAAUCCUCUUUAAUGAUCUGUAGUGACUGUUUCUAUAGUAUUCGAACUUGGGUAGAGUUGACACAGAUACAUUUGGUCUACGCAUUAGAUUGGUUGUUAUAUACGGAGUAAUUCUUUUUCUUUUCAAGUUCUAGGUUUCUGGAGAUGAGGGUAUAGCUAGAACACUUAGACGUAGUUGUGACUUGUGAGGGAUGUUUUGACACUCGUAAACAAUGAUAAUUGAUUGCAGCUUUCCCUUCCAACAUGCACUUCGAAGUGUUGAGGGUCCAACACGAGUACUUGUGGUUAAAUACGGGUCUAAGGAGUGUUCAUCAAUUUAAUAUCCUCUGACUUUGAGAUCUAUUUAUGUAUGAACAUGA